AUGCCACCAACUUUGAACAAUGAGCUAGUAAGGAAAAUUCAUAGAGAUUAUAUUGAAAAGAAUUUCCCAAGUAGCCAUAAUAAUACUAUCAACCCUCAAGAUUUUGAAAUUCUUUCAACAAUUCGGUAUGAUCCUAAUCUCUCUCCUAUUUCCCCAUUGAAUUAUGAUGAUAUCACACCUCAAAAUUUCUUCUUACUCCCAGAGCAUACUAGUAGACUACAGUUCUCGAUGAAUUUUUUUCAUUUGUUAUAUGGGACAACCCCAGAUUUCGAAAUAACAGAAUCUUUUUUAUAUGAACAAUUAGUUCAAGCAAUGGAGAAGUUGAAGAAAUCGGUAUUGUGUUCGUACAAAGUUCGGGGUUUGUUCAAAUUAGAUGGAUCAGUGACUUUUGAGAUGUAUGAAGUUCCUAGUAGGCAUAAUUUGUUAAGUGGAAUCUUUCCUGAUUUGGGAACAUUUCCUGAAGAACUUGAAUUUUUGAAUCAUCCUGAUGACGAGAAUGGAGAUGAUGUGAAUUGGAAUGUGUACAUUAACAACAGUCCCACUUUGAUCUCGCCGUUCACAUCCUUCAAAACUACAAAAAGAGAAGUAUACAACGAGGCAAGGAAAUUAUUACCUGGUACCAAUCCAGGUCACGAAGAGGUUAUCCUUUUUAAUACUCAGAACAAUGUCAUGGAAGGAAGCAUUACUAAUAUAGCCGUUAAGAGGGAAUCAGACGGGAAAUGGGUGACUCCACUAUUAAGUUCGGGUUGUCUCUGUGGUGUUGCGAGGCAUUUUUUGCUACGCAAGAAUUUUAUAGAGGAAGAUAAUGUGACAUUAGAACAGUUGAAGCCGGGUACAAAAGUUUUGCUAAUGAAUGGUAUUAUGGGGGUGUUUGGGGGUACUAUUGUUGGGUAA